AUCACCGUGAAUUGGAUCAAAACUAUCAUCGGAGUUCGGAUAGCGGUAUCUUCUUUUCACUGCGAUGGUUGGUUCCUUUGUACCUCAGCCACCGGAAUUCUCGGUUUCCGGACUUGGAUCACUUCCCAAACCAUUCCAUCUCAUCACCAACGCUGCCGCUCUCCGCCUUGCUCACUUCCUUCGCUUCAGUGUCGUCUCCAAUCGCCACCAUUUGGGCUCUAUUCUGCACUCACCUUUAAAGGGUUCCAACUCUAAAGCAAUUGAUUUUUACCUGAGGCGGGAUUACACUUCAUGCAAAUCUUUUACAUCAAAUUUUUCUCAUCUUGGCCAUGUUCUCCAGUUGAACAGAAUGUCUCAUGGAAGAUCCCACCAGUUUAACUGGUUUAAGCUUCCUCAAUGGCCUCAUGAUGCUUGGGCUACCACGUUCUCUUCCUGCAUAUUGUUUUUUGGUGGAGAAGGAAAUAAAACCAAUUAUGGAGACCAAGAAAAGGCAUACUUAAGGACUCCCACUAGAGGUCCCGUUAAUAAAAGGAUAUUGACAGAUAUACUACUUGCCAUUAAUGUGUUGGUAUAUGUUGCACAAGUAGCAUCACAAGGAAAGUUGUUAAUGUGGGGAGCAAAGGUUAACGGUCUCAUUGACAAAGGAGAGCUAUGGAGACUGGUCACAUCUGCCUUUCUACAUGCAAAUGUCGGACACCUUAUGAUUAAUUGUUAUUCUCUAAACUCUAUUGGCCCUACCAUGGAGCAUCUGAGUGGCCCCAGAAGAUACCUCGCUGUUUAUAUGACCUCUGCAAUUGCAAGUUCAACAAUGAGUUACUGGCUCAGUAAAGCACCAGCAGUUGGCGCUUCAGGGGCAAUAUUUGGAUUAGUUGGAUCUUUUGCUAUAUUUGUGUUAAGACAUAACAACAUGGUUAAAGGUGGUGUAGGAGACUUGAAGCAUGUUGCACGUGUGAUCGCUUUAAAUAUGGCUAUUGGGCUGUUGUCACAAGGUAUUGACAACUGGGGACACCUUGGAGGGUUACUAGGCGGAAUUGCUACAUCAUGGCUUAUUGGUCCUGCAUGGAAGUUUGAAUCAGCAUCUCAUCAUGGAAGACAAAUACUUGUCGAUAAAGCACCAAUAUUUUCUCUCCCGGGCACAAAAAGAGCACCUCAAUGACUCAUUUCAACAACCAUUGCUCACCAUCACUAUUUGCAGGUAAUCACUCAUAUCCUAUUUGUGUUUAUCACCCACUCAAACCACGCUAAGGUUAAUCUUAAUGGCUUUUGUCGGGAGUUACUGAUAUACAAAGUUACUGAAGAUACAUGAAUAACUCACCGUCGAUUCCAAUUUCAUCAUUGAUCAAUGCCUGCUGCAUGUAAUUUGUAUGUAACAUAAGAUAUAAUGACUUGGUCUUGUAUAGCUUCUUAUUAGAUUCUUAAGAAAAGACCUGAAUUUUAUGCUGAUUUGCCCCUUAUGCAAUUUAAGCUAUUUGU